AUGCCAAAUGCAGGCAGCUUUCCGGCAAAGCUCGAAGGCAUUUCGUUCGGGGACAACCGCACCAUCGAUCCUACAGUCGUCAAGGUCUCGCGCUCUGUACUCGGAACCCUCGCUUCCAUCUUCCCUCCCGCUUCGUCCGCCGCCGCUUCAAGCUUCGAGAAGACGCUCCACCGCCCACAGGACUACCGCGAGAACGAUCCACAAGGCCGCAUAAUUGGGGAGGUGACAUUGGACAAUGAAGGGAGAGGUCCUCGCCGCCGUGGCGCCUGGCAUUUAGACGCGGCCACUGUCCCCGGUUGCCUGUCCUGA